AUGUCGUCAGCAGCCGAGACAUCGCCCGUGAUCAAGAUCCUCGUUGUUGGAGAUGCUGGUGUCGGGAAGACCAGCGUCAUCCAGAGAUUCGUGAACGACGAGUUUUCGCCGACCCACCGACCAACAAUUGGGGUGGACUUUUUCAUCAAGGAGGUUGCCCUCAACGGCGAUCAGAGCGAAUCGUUUCCGGGUACUACCGUGCGCGUACAGCUAUGGGAUAUUGCGGGGCAAGAUCGCGCAAGGAAAAUGAACAGAGCCUACUUCAAGGGGGCGCUUGGUGCGUUGGUCGUUUACGACAUAUCUCGCCCCCAAACGUUCGACUCCGCCGCAAAGUGGAAACAGGAGCUGGACGCCAACAUCACGCUUCCCAACGGCAGCAGCUUGCCGGUGGUUCUCCUAGGGAACAAGGUUGACCUCGAAGUGGCCAAGGUUGACGUGUCCUACAUCGAUAGCUUCGUCGAAACGCACAGAUUCGUCGCUUGGAGCGACGUCUCGGCGAAAGACGCAAUCAACGGUGAUUUCGAGAUGUCCGUCGCGUGCCUCAUCCAGAAACUCUUGUGCGACGAGGAGCUUUUCGGGCCAGGCAUGAGGCGGAGCGCCGCAGCCUUUUCAACGAGAUUACAGGCGAGAGAACAAAGCGCACAUCACACCGGCUCUUCUUCCAAGGGAGUGCGACUGGCGUUAUCAACCGAGGCGACUGGUCAGGCUUCCAAUAACGGUUGCUGCGGAUGA